AAUUAUAAUAUACAUUUCUUUUUUUCUUUCUUAUAAAAUAUGCAGAUCAGUAGAAUACAAUUCUUUUUUUGCAUUUGUCCAAUGUUCUGCAUUUGGCGGUUACGCGGAGCAUAAUUUUUUACUUUUAUACGAAAAGAGAAAGAUUUGAACGUCGGAAGUGUAACAUCACAACGCUACAAAUAUAUCGUGAACGAUUAGCGUGCGUCAAAUGCCAAUGGAUUAAGUAAUCCUCAAAGAAUGCGGAUUAAUGCCGAGUAAGCCUUUCAAUUCUCAGGACGACUUCGACCCAAACUCUGAUUAACUUAAUCAGUGAAUUCAAUCGGUGAAUUACUUAAAUAAUUCAUUGUCUCGAAUUUAAUCUUUUUUUUCUAUACGUCAACAACCAAACUUAAUAAUCUCAUUUAUGUUGACAAAAUAACGGUAUUACUCGAUAAGUUAAUUGUGUCAAGUUGAGUCAAAGUUUGAUCGAAGUUACUCUUAGGAAACAGCAUGCGAGAAGCGUUCUUGUUGUCAAUGAGAGGACGGGUCUCUCGCGAUUUAUAAUUUUCCCAAAAAUAUAACAUCGCGCGCAUGGUCGCUUCCCACCACCGAGCGUAGGUAGAAGGAGACGAAACGAAUUGAUAUUUCGAAGCGUAUUUCGCGCGUUCAGGUGACACGCGUGUCACCUGCGUUUUGUUGCUGACAUUGUGCCGGAUUUGAACUAGCGCGAAGCAAUUAUUCCCAGGAUACGAGAAUGAAUAAUCGGUGGUACGUCGGUUGGUGAAUUGCGAAACGAUUGGAUAUAUUUAUAGAUCCGAGUCUCGCGUGCGAAUUUUUUCGCAUUGACUCGCGUUCACUUUGACGAUCGCUCGAUAUUUAUCAAAUAUGACUUCGUAUAUUACACAGCCAAUAAUACAUCAAAUACAGUUUAUAAUCGCAAAUAAUAUCUUCAAAGAAAUAGUAAUUAAUAAGAUUUCAAAUAAAUUCUUCUGAUUAAAAAGAUGUGUAUAUGAUGAAAGAAGAAGAGGCUGAUAAGAAAUAGAAUAAGAAUAUGUUAUAUCCGACAUGGACCGCAGAUUGAAAGUCAAGCGUACAGAGAGCAUGCAUGGGACCCCGGAAGAUUAUGCGCGAAUACAAAUUAUGAAUUAUAAAUAGUGAAUUUAAACGUGAUGAUAGUAUUAUUAUCGAUGCGAAGGAUAAUAAGAUAAAGUUAAAUCGUUGGAUGGUCGGUGAAGUGUUGGAAAAUGAUGUUCACUGGUGGCUCGCAUGCGAAGAGGAGAAACGCCGGUGGUGGUAGUGGAUCGAGCAUUUCCGGGAGAAAAUCCUCCGUGGAUCAUCGAAAUCCACCGGCGCGCAGCGUCGGAGCCGAAGGAUACACGUACAGGACAAGAGUGCCGUCGCUGAAUCCCACGGAAUUACCGCCAACGACUUCGACACAGGGUAAAACGUACAUUUAUAGAACCAGAGUCCCACGGAGAGAUCUUACAGAGCCGACGAUGUCGAUGUCUUCGCCGUCGCGGGAGAACAACGUUGGGCGCGCGAUAACAAGAAGAAGGGGUGCUGUUAAACAUAACAAAGUGCACAUCGUGCGGGGCCAUAAACUUGUGGCCAAGUUUUUUCGGCAACCGACAUUCUGCGCGUUUUGUAAAGACUUUUUAUGGGGCUUUGGAAAACAGGGAUAUCAAUGCCAAGCAUGUCAAACGGCAGUGCACAAGAAAUGCCACGACAAAUUGUUAACUAAAUGCCCCGAGAGUGGAAGAGAAUCAGAAAAUACAAUAUAUUUGAGAGAACGUUUCAAGAUAGACGUUCCCCACAGAUUUCGCACUUACACGUUCAUGUCACCGACCUUCUGUGAUCAUUGCGGCUCGAUGCUGUACGGAUUGUUCCGACAAGGUUUAAGAUGCGACGCUAGAAAUCGGCUACGCCGCGAUCGGCCGACUAUCAAGAUCAGAUCGCAGGCUCUGAAAGACAAUCCGGCAUUACGCGAGCACUACGAGAGACAUGAGAAGUCGAUGGGCGAACUUCUAAUGGAAAAAUUCCUCAUUAAAGACAAGAAGUCUGACGGCGACGGGAGCCAACAGGGAAUACGUCUGUAUCAUCAGAUCAAUUUAGAUCGUUUGGAAGAUCCUCAAGAGCGAGAAGCUGUGCAGAAGCGAAUCACCCGCAGAUUCACGCGGCGCAGGUCUUCCGCCGAUUUGCAGCUCGAUCCUGAGCAAAUACAACGGGAGGCUGCGUACGCGCAAGUGCAGGCGAAGGUCCUGGAUAGUCUCGUGGCUGAGGAGCAGGCGCAGAUUGAAAACGAGGCGCGUCAAGGUACUUUAGUAUUCAGAAAAAGCACGACAGCGAGAGGGCCGAUCAUCGAGCGCCCCUAUUACGCGAACAACGUCGAUUCCGACACGAUGACUCAGGAGGAAGAGGAAGCGGCCGCGGCAAGGAUGAGGAAAGCCAUGAAGAAAAUGAAAAAGAAAAAACGAUUGUCUACCGACAAACUGUCGCCGAUUGAUAAAAUAGAUAACAGGCAAUCGAGCACCUCUAGCGAAAUUUCCACUGAUUCGCAGAUUAAAGAGGAUGAUGAGUCAAGACCUCAGAUGUACAAGAUCGAGGCCUGUAAUAGCGCAGGGGAUUUCUCGACAAUUUGGGUGAAUACGAGUUCUGAGAAUGACAAGCGCAAAUCGACGGUCGAGCAGUUCAAGGAAAAGAUCUCUGUUCCCAGGAGAUUCGGAACUGGGAAUAGGACGGACGUUUCCUCGAACGAUACGGACGAAGCGGAAACACAAGUCGUGUUAGCGGUGCGAAAACCUUACGUAAAGGAUCCGUCCAGAAAUAGCGUGUAUUUGACAAUGAGAAAGCCUACGGACAAACUUGACGAAAAACUGGACGAAGUCAAUAAACUCAAUGUGAAAGUCGAUGAAGAUCAAUUGACGAAUGGCUUUGUUGACGUCAAAAAUAAUAUUCUUGGAAGCAAUGCGUUAAAAUGUUUAACAGAUAAAGAUUCGACGGAGUCGAAUUGCAAGAUUCAAACGGCAAGUGAUAUUAAUAAGGACAUUAAAACGUUAAAGAAAAUAGUGUAUAAAUCUAAGAAGGUGGAAUCCUUGGUAAGGGAAGACAUUCAUUCCAUAUCGAAUGAUGACUCGUGGGAUAAACGAGAUCCCGUCUCAGCAACAAAGAAUGAUAUGCAAGAAAUCGUUAUUGGAGACUCAGCGAAGAAAGCCGAGAUAGCAGCAAAUCCCAUACAAUCGAACAUUUCAGCUUUUGUUUUGACGAACGCAUUGAAAAACGACUCACAAAUGGAAUAUCUUCGAGGAAUAUCUGAAGAUAUUUUCAUCUUGGAUACAAAGAAUGACGAAAGUCCAAAGGCUCACAAUGCGUUCGAUGCUACAGAGAAGGUAUCUGAUCGUCUAGAAGCCGAUUCGACUAUCAAAACGCCGGAGAUUUUUGCCAUCGAAAAUUCUGUUAUUUCCGUUGGAAAGGAUAAGCUCGUAGCGGAAGAGAACAGGCCAAAGAUCUCGGCGUUGUCGCACGACGAGGACACGAUGAAGCGAAGCGUUGUCGAGACCGAAGCUAGCGACAAUGUUGGUAAAAACGGAGCCAGUGGUGCGACGCUCACGACAAAUAGCGCGACCUGUCGUCUGCCAAAACUGUCUAAAAUUAAUACGGAUAGAAAUAAUGCCGUAGAAGCGCCAAAGCUUUCGUUACGAGAGACCGCAGAGUAUCUGGCGGACUCAUCGAAAAGUGAUCAGGCCGUCGUUGGGGAUACCGCGUUGUCGGAAAAGAAGGUGAACAAAACAUCAAACUUGGCGCAAGUUUCCUCUUUCAAUGCCUCGAAGAGAACCAGUGGCGUAGACGCGGAUAAACCAACUUGUAGAGUCGACGCGAUUCGACACGAUGACGCAGUCAAGUUGGAAGCGAAAGAAACGACCUUGCCCAAGGAAACAAACGACAAAGUGCGUAGCAAUGAAUAUGAGGAGGCGAAAUUAGCAACGGAUGUUAAGCCAGCAAAAAAUGUCGAUCUGACAAAAACAUUGAGAGAUAACGCGAAAAAGACUGACGGAAAUCUCUUAAAAACAAUUGAUUCAUCGAAGACCGAAGCGAAGGUAAUCGUCACCGAAGAAACAGCAUCAAAAGAAGCAGAACUAUUAAAAACUGAUACGAUUAAAAAAAUUAAUCGUAUUGAUGUAGGAAAAGAUUUCUCGAGAGAUUUACCCAGUCCUAAGAGCAAGGUGCCGAAGCUUAACAGCGCAGAUUCAAAGUUUUGCUUCAAAGCGGAGACCCUCUUAAAAAAAUAUGCGAACGAAAGCAGUGUUGUGAACUCAUCAAAGAUUGGAAAGGAUUUAGGCGCAUUUAAAACAAUGAAAAUCGAAGAUGGCAAAUCAUUUUUUCGCAACGACGCCAAUGACAAAACGUCAGUUUUGAAGAAAAGUAUUUCUGUUGACUCUUCGAAAUUGAUGAAUGAUCGCUUGUUGAAUAAAAUCCCCAAGGUUUUCCAACAGUCUGUAUCUAUUGAUGAAAAAGCCACGGACAAGGACAUAUCCGUUAAGAAGACGUCAGAGCCGAUAAAAUCUUUGAGUAAAGUAACAGAAAAGAAGCCAAUGAAGCUCGACGUAAGUUGCGACCUUCAGGACAAAAACGAAGUAUUAUCGAGGAGUGCCUCUACCGAGUCCAUUGAUUUUUGGAGCGAGAUCAAAGCACCGGGUAGUCCUGAAGUGGCGAGAUCGAAGCAACCGAAUGGAUUUACUUUUCGCGAGGCAACAAUUUCUUCUCCAAUUUCCAAAGUCGAGGAAAAAAUGAACUCGAUAAAUUCGAAAGCUAAUGGAAAGGAAAAUGAGAUCGACAUUAAAAUGAGCAUCGCGGAGCUCGAAAAUUUGACAGUCGGAUCCAGUAACGUAGUUGUCGAAGAGGAGAAAGAAAGAAAACUUUCGGAAUCUUUAAAAAUGAAAGAAGCGGAAAUCGCGAAACUUGCGAAAGCGGAAGUCGAGAAAAAGGUGCCGAAAGUACCGCCAAAAAAGAAGAGAAAUCUUUCGAUAGCAAUUGACACUAAGGACACAAACUCGACCGUAAAGAAAGCUUCGUUAAAGCGGAAUAAUUCCGAUACAGCAAUUUCCGUGACUACUCCAAUCGAAGGUGCCAUACCGGUAAUAAAGAUAGUUGAAGCACCUAAGUUGUCCGAAGAGUCCGACAGUCGGACGGUCGAUGAGGAACUCGAGGAACCCAGCACUCCAACAAACGAGCUAUCGCCUGAUCCCUCUUUAAUUAGAAAGAUCUCGAGAUGGAGUAAUCAGGACGAUUUGACAAACACUGACGAUGUGGAAACUCCGGUCGCGUCAGAGGAGACCAGCGUGGCCGCCAGUCCUAGUAUCAGUCCGCAAACCUCCAAGACGAAGCGUGCGAUUAAAAAGAAGAAAGCACCGACCAAAAAAACACCAUCGGAAAAGAGUGAGCGGGGACCGAAGGAGACUCGUGGCAAUGAAUUACCAACGACGGCGAGUCAACAGAAUACGCUUACUGCCAAACUCGUCCCCGAGAAGCAGCAUCUAGCAAAACCUUCGCCGAAAACGUCUCCCAAGUCCAGUCCGAAGAAUACACCCUUGCAACGCCCGCUCGACCUUAUAAGGAUGUUCUACACGACGCCAUCCGCAUUGCUCACGGCUACGCCGCGAGAUCUCUCCAAAGUCAGAAGGGCAAAGAUCAAGAGAAGACGGCAUCAUUCGCGCACACCGUCCAUUAGUAGCGACAGUACUGGAAGUACGACGAGCACCGCCACGACGGGGAGUACGGACGAGAAUGGCUCGACCCGCGUCGAACCGAACGACGAUUCCGAACACAAGAGAAUUAAUUCGACGAGGAGCAACGAUUCUGGAUUCGACGGUUCACCGAGAAUCUCGAAUUGUGACAUGGCUUGCCACAAGAAAUGCGAAAAACUGACAGGAAAUCUAUGUGGAUUGAAUCAGAAGCUAGUCGCCGAAGCAUUGCAAGCUCUGAAGAGAACACCUUCACAAUCAUCGGAUAAUCAGAGUCGGAAUUCGGAUUCCUCGGAUCAUUUUCCGAGUGGUCGGAUAACGCCGCCGGCGACGAAUCUGCCCAGAUUCAAGAAAUACACCGUGACCGAUUUUAAUUUUCUCAAAGUCUUGGGUAAAGGCAGCUUCGGUAAGGUGUUGCUGGCAGAGUUACGCGGCACGGAAUCCGUGUACGCGGUGAAAUGUUUGAAGAAAGACGUCGUGCUCGAGGACGACGAUGUCGAGUGCACGUUGAUCGAGCGAAAGGUCCUCACGCUGGCGACGAGGCAUCCCUAUCUCUGUCAUCUGUUUUGCACUUUCCAAACCGACUCGCAUCUCUUCUUUGUUAUGGAAUACCUGAACGGGGGUGAUCUAAUGUUUCACAUACAGAAGUCCGGCCGAUUCCCCGAGGUGCGCGCGCGUUUUUACGCCGCCGAGAUUUGGUCCGGAUUGAACUUUUUGCACAAGAAGGGUAUUGUUUACCGAGACCUCAAACUUGACAACGUGCUACUCGACUUUGACGGCCACAUUAGAAUCGCGGACUUCGGCAUGUGUAAACUUCAGAUCUUCCUGGAUAGAACAGCUGAUACGUUCUGUGGCACGCCAGAUUACAUGGCGCCAGAGAUAAUAAAAGGACUCAAGUACAAUCAAGCUGUGGAUUGGUGGUCGUAUGGCGUUCUACUGUACGAGAUGUUGACUGGUCAAUCGCCGUUUUCUGGAUGCGAUGAGGAUGAACUGUUUUGGAGCAUUUGCAACGAACGGCCAUUCAUACCUCGGUAUCUGAGUCAAGAGGCUACCGAUAUACUCAUCUGUUUGUUGGAGAAGGAUUCUGGAAAGCGGCUACCUGCUCACGAAAUCGCUGUACAUGCUUUUUUUCAGCAUUUGCCCUGGGAUCGAUUGGAGAAGAGACAAUUGGAACCACCGUUUAAGCCCGCGCUCGACCACACUUUGGACACAAAAUACUUCGACACGGCAUUCACGACCGAACGUCCGAGGCUCACGCCAGUGCCCGAGCAGAUCUUGACUUCGAUGGAUCAAGGUGUUUUCCGCGGAUUCUCUUACACAAAUCCGAACGCGACAGAUUAAUUGAUAUGUGACAAUUAAAUAAAGAAUACGUUAGCGUUUAACAGAACAAUA